AUGAUUGACGAAAGCGCAGCCUGUCUUCACCCGAAACCAGGGAGGAGGUCUUAUGGACUGCGUCAACCGGAACGUCGUAUAAAAGCCAAACGGCUUCAGUACAACGCGAUUCAUUCGUCCUCUUCUGGUGAGAUCGACCGACGAAUCUCUUCUUCAUGCCUUUUGAUACGAGAUGAAAGUCCUCCCAACAAUGAGAGAGUAGAUCAGUUUGAUCAUUGA